AUGCUGAAAGAGGAGUAUAAUUUGAGCGGUGCUGAUAACAUGGCAUCUGCUGAGUUGUCAUUUAAAAAGCAAAAAGUGGUAUUGAAAAAGUUCAUGAUAGCGCAAGUGACUAAGGGGAUUAUGCAGCGGUAUGCGAGCCUAUUAGUUACCAUGCCUAGUGAUGAUGACAAUGCAAUUAUUGGCACAAAUCAUUUGAAAACAACCAAAUUUUUAGAAAUAAUCCUACACAGAGCCAAAUCAUCGCAUUUACAGUUCAAAAAGGUCUGUUGCAUUGUCAUCAAGUUUCUAGAUUGCUGCUCGAAGGAAACUAACUACAUGAAGUUUUUAAAGUUCAGCUUACACAAACUAUUUGUAGCUGCUUUCAUCUUAAGUGUGCCAAAUGUUGUAGGCGAUGACCGCGACAGGAUUACCACGAGGGAUGAAACCUAUCAUCUCUAUUCCCAGAUAACAGGCUUGCCACUGGAAGAAGUGAUAAAUUGUUGUUCUAUUGUGAGGCCUGUACUUAUUCGGCGGAGUAGACAACAACGCAGGCAAAUGUUAUCUCGACGUGAACAACAUUCGUACUUCCUCAGAAGUUCUUUUAUGAACUCCAAUUCAUCAGCAUCACCUUUUUUCUCUACCAAUAGGUCAGCUGAUGAUCUACAUGUACAUACAAGGGCAUACUCGCUUCAUAGCCAUUCCGAUGGGGAAGGCCAAGAUAGGCGGUCGGAACAUGAAGAAACGCAUAGCAUGGGGGCUGAUGCCGAUACAUAUCGACAAACUACGUUUAUCCCAGACACACCAAAUGGUUUGCAUUCUAGAUCAUUAAUUGAGUGUGGGAUCGAACCCACCCAAGUAAGUGACUCUGGUGAAUGGUCGGGUCAAAGUAACGGAUAUGUUUUGGUGACAGAAUUACAGGAGUUUAACAAAAUGGGUAAAAAGUUAGUACAAGAAGCUUUUAGGAUAGUUUAA